GGGUUUUCACUAGGAGGACUAAUUCUUAGAGCUUCACUAAUUCAUUUAGAAAAGUACUGGAAGGACUUUCACGCUUUCAUAACACUUGCAACUCCCCAUUUGGGCUGUAUAUACUCUGAAAGCACCCUCUUUUCAAUGGGAAUAUGGGCAAUGAGCAAGAUAGGUUCCCAGCCGAUGAUCAAGGAAUUGCUGUAUAACGACCAGAAGGAUAUCAGAGAGUCUGUUCUUUACAUUUUAGCAGAGAUGGAUACUCUUAAAUGGUUCAAGUAUGCUCUUUUCUGUGGCUCGUACCAGGACAACUACUCUCCUUUGGAGAGUAGUUUGGUUCAGUACUCCCCCAGACUUGAUCAAGUUAAGCAAAAAGAAACCAUCUCAGAAAUGUGUGAGAUGAUAAACGCCUCAUUAUCUCAAGUAGAUGUUUACAAAACUUGUGUGAAUCUAAAGUUUUCAAAAAAAUCUUUUAACACUAUCAUUGGGCGCAGAGCACAUAUUGAGUACUUACAGAAUUCUGAUGUGCUCAGAAUAAUUAUAUCCAAGUACAAGGAUAUUUUUGUUACAGUCGAGUAAUUUCAUUUCAAUAUCUUA